AAGCAUAUUCUCUUGCCUGCAAGGUGUCAUUUGGACUGAGGUGACUUUUUUAUUCAGCUACUGUUCAACCGCAUAGACUCAUUGUCCGUAAAACCUCUCUCACCUUUACAAAACCCGUUUUUCCUCCUCCUACGGCCAAACAUUCUCUCUCUACUCUUCUGCAGUCAUCCAAGGAUUGUGAAGCUAAAAUUUUCAUGGAGGGUAUUGGAGGUGGGGCUACUGGUGGCACAGCUACGGAAUCAGUGAACCAAUGGAUGCACAAAAUGUCAAGGCUUUUCCAGUUUUAUCUAGAUAAGACUACUCCACAUGCGGUUUACAGAUGGAUUGGAACCUUUGUAUUGGCAUCUAUCUAUGCACUGCGGGUUUUUUAUAUUCAAGGGUUCUACAUUGUUACCUAUGGUCUGGGCAUCUACAUACUGAACUUGUUGAUUGGAUUCUUGUCGCCCCUUGUUGACCCGGAGCUGGAACCUUCUGAUGGGCCUAUGUUACCCACCAAAGGUUCAGAUGAAUUCAAGCCUUUCAUUCGCCGUCUCCCUGAGUUCAAGUUCUGGUAUGCCAUCACAAAGGCUUUUUGUAUAUCAUUUAUCAUGACCUUCUUUUCGAUGUUUGAUGUUCCUGUCUUUUGGCCUAUAUUACUGUGUUAUUGGAUAGUCUUGUUUGCGCUUACCAUGAAGCGCCAAAUUGUACACAUGAUCAAAUACAAAUAUCUCCCAUUCAACAUUGGAAAGCAGAAGUACAGUGGCAAGAAAUCUUCUGCCAGCAGUAGUGGCUCCAGGGGAGAUUGAACUCGUGCCAGUUAUCUCUAGUCCAAAAGUUAUGGGAGGGGAAGAAGGCAGGGAAGAAGAGAGGCAGGCAGGCAGUUACAAGAUUCAUGGUUUUAGAAUUUUAUUUGAAGGUCUGUAUUAGCAUUAUAUUGGAUUUGAACAUGAAAUUCACAUAUAUGUAGUUAUGUACUGUCAUUGGUGAUACCAUCUACGAUUUGUGAAAGUUGAUUCACUCUUUAUACACGCUAUGAAAAUGGAAUCUGUUUUUGUAUUGCCUGGCAAUGUAAUCUGCUUGAAAGAAAUUGUAUUAUGUAUUCUGACUUUUGGCAUCUUAGUUUUGGGUAAUUAUAUGGUAC